AUUGGUCCGUCAUCAUGAGUCUGCGCCGACAGCAGAGAUGGACGUGCUGGUGAGCCGCUCCGCUUCGGUUCUGCGUUCGUUUCACUAACCGUUAACUAAAGCGUUCAAGUUCAUCAGAGCGUUUAAUAAAAAAGGACGCAGUUCGUCUCUUUCCAUCAUAGGAUCUCAAGCCAGCAGAAUGGCAGGCACGGUGAGCAGCUCUAGGGGCUGCGUGACGCUCCGCGGCGCUCAGAUCCGGGACCUGCUGGACGCGAAGCACAACGUGCUGUUCGACUGCGACGGCGUCAUCUGGAACGGCGAAACGGCCGUGACCGGGGCUCCGGAGGUGGUCAGUCUGCUCAAGCAGCGGGGCAAACGGGUGUUCUUCGUUACCAACAACUGCACCAGGCCGCGGGAGAACUACGUGCAGAAGUUCUGCCGCCUGGGCUUCACGGAUGUGGCGGAGGAGGAGAUCUUCAGCUCGGCGUACUGCUCCGCCGCGUACCUGCGCGAUGUGGCCCGGCUGCAGGGGAAGGUGUAUGUGAUCGGCUGCGGCGGGGUGAUGAAGGAGCUGCAGGACGCCGGAGUGCCCGUGGUGGAGGAGGAUAGUGCCGCCGAUCGGGAGCCGGGCACCAGCAUCUACAACUGCCCUCUGGAUCCGGAUGUGAAGGCUGUGCUGGUGGGAUAUGACGAGAACUUCACCUUCAUGAAGCUGGCCAAAGCCUGCUGCUACCUGAGGAACUCUGAGUGCCUGUUCUUGGCCACCGAUCCGGAUCCCUGGCACCCGCUGAGAGGAGGCAGGAUCACCCCGGGUUCUGGGAGUCUCACGGCCGCUCUGGAAACGGCCAGCAGCAGGAAGGCCACGGUCAUCGGGAAGCCCAGCCGCUUCAUGUACGAAUGCAUCGCCAGUCAGUUUGACCUGGAUCCGGCGCGCUCGCUGAUGGUCGGCGACCGCUUGGAGACGGACAUUCUGUUCGGCAGCAACUGUGGGCUUUCCACCGUCCUCACGCUCACGGGCGUCUCCACGCUGGAGGAGGCGCACAGAUACAGAGACAGCGAGGCACCGGAGCAGAAGGACUGUGUGCCCGAUUACGUGGUGGAGUCCGUGGCGGAUUUCCUGCAGGCGCUGGAGGAGUGACCAUACAAACACCACCACUGUAUUCACAGUUUCAAUCCUGAUGCUGUUUCUCAACAUGUACGGUUAAGUGUCUCCACGGCCUGGUUAACGUCACCCCAUGAAUAGUCACGUGUCUGUCAUGAAUCUGAUGACAUGGAUGUGUUUGAGACACCGGACACUCACCUUAAAUGUUCUACUGAAGUGUGAGUGAAUGAUGACCGAGUUCUAUGUAAAUUUACUAUUUCAAAAUUUCUCCCAUAUUAUUUUCUUUUCUUUUAUUCUGUUUUUGAAAGGUGGUCAUUUUUAAGGGGAUUUUAUUUUUUGGAAAAAGGGUACUUUUAAAAAUAAAUAAACAAUUUAGAAUAUUUCAAAUAAAAUAAAAAAUGAAUGAAAUGGAAAAUAAAAUCCCCUUAAAUAUUAUUACAUUUCUUAAAUAAAAUAAAACAAAAUAAAAUAAAAAAUUGAAAAUAUAAAAUAAAAUAAUGAAAUGGAAAAAAUAAAAUCCCUGAAAGGUAAUAAUAUUUAAGGGGAUUUUAUUUUAUUUUAUUUUAUUUUGUUUAUUUUAUUAUUGAAUUGUUCCAUAGAAGAAAUAAAUUGUAAAUAAAUUGUAGAAUUGGAGUACGAUUAAAUGAUGACAGAAUUCUACUUUAAUAUAUUCAAUAUAAUAAAUAUUAUUUCCUUUCAAAAUAAAAUUGAGAAGAAAUAUAUUUCUUUUCUUUUAUUUACUUAUUUUAUGCAGUUUUAUUUUAUUUUUGAAAGGUAAUAAUAAAUAAGGGGAUUUUAUUUUUUAUUUCAUUAAUUGAUAUUUUCUUAAUUUUAUUUAGUUAUUUUAUUACGGAAAGAACUAUUUUAAGUAGGGUUUUGAUGAGGUCUCGCAAUAUUAAAACGUGACGAUAUUUCUUGUUGAGGUGAAAAGCUGUCUCGCAAUAUCAGCAUGAGGGAGUUGAGUUUGUGGCAAAACUGUCAACCACACAGUAUCAUUAUUUCUGUCUUACAAUAAUUCAAAUUAUCAUAGAAAAUCUGGGAUAAAGGUUUAUAGUUCGGAUAUAAACGCUGAUGUCUACGGUAGUGAUCAAAUUAGAGCAAAUCACCUUUGGAAAAGUAACUUAGCGCUUCAAAUAACGAUUGUAACAAUUACAUUGGUAAAAAAUGUAUUUGUCAUUGAAUCAUACAUUCAAGAGAUUUGUUCAAAAAUGCUGAAACAAGCGAAGUCUUUAUGAUUGAGUCAUUGAAUCAUUCAUUCCACCCGUUUUUUUUUUUUUUUUUUUAUAAUUCGGAUUAAUUAAACAUUUUAAAUAGACUGCAGCAAUUAACAUUUUGUCAGAACCUCUAGUAAGUUACGUUAUUUUGUUCAGUUGUCUGUUCAGAAUCGUGAUUCUCAGUCGUGAGUCGUGAAUCAGAGUCGUGAUUCUCAGUCGUGAAUCAGAGUCGUGAUUCUCAGUCGUGAGUCGUGAAUCAGAGUCGUGAUUCUCUAUUUAUCCAGAAUCGUUAAGCUUUAACAUUCCAAAAUGCACCUGCAUUGUUUUGCAUUUUGUGACUUUCAGUCGAAUAAAACACUAAUUUUCCAGUCGUAUAUUUCGACAUUGAAGACUUCUUAAAAAUAGUGUUAAAAUCAUCUCGUCUCGUUCUCGUGAGCUAAGAGUAUUGUAACACCCCUAAUUUUAAGGGAUCUUAUUUUUUAUUUAAUUUUAUUUUUGAAAGGUAAUAAUAAAUAAGGGUUUUUUUUUUUUUGUUUCAUUGUAUCAUUGAAAUAAAUUGUGUAAAAUUUAUAUUUUAUACUAGGCAGGAGUGUUAUCGGAUUAAUCCACAGCCCUGUAUAGAGAACAAACAUCCACUAACAUUGAGAUCAGAAAGUGUCGUUUGUGUUUGAAUAAGCAGCAUGUGUGUUAAUGAUUGACUCUGUCUGGAUGUUUGAACCUGAUGCUUAGAGCUGGGCGAUAUCCCUAAAAAUCUCAAUAUCUUUCCAAAUUUUGUUGAUAAAUAAAUAUAUAUCUCAAUAUUUUGUCAUUUGCUAUAGAAAAACUCAAAAUGCCCCAAUUAAAAAACAAACAACAUGCUUAUUUAGACCAAGUGACCACUUACUACUUUUUAUUAAUCUUAAUUUUUAACAGAAUUCAAUAUUUACAAUAUUGUUUUUUUUUUUGUUUUUGUUUUUUUUAAAAUAUCGAUUACUCAAUUAUUGUGAUAAUAUCACUAAUAUUCGAUAUAUAUUGACCAGCCCUAUUUCUGCUUUUAUUUUCAUAAUAUAGGUUCAUACCCAACAACUGGUCAGAAGACAAUCAAGUAACGUUCCUUGAUGCUAACAUUAGUACCUCUUCAUGAUGAAGUAAACCGCACUGAUUAGUUAUGUCUAGUUAGAAAGCACUGUGCCAAUCUAAAUCUGUACUUAGUAAUGGGAAGGUUUUAUAGUCGAGGUUUACCAGUGCAAAGACUAAUUCAGAUUUAUGUGCCAACUUGUAUGUGUGUUUAUUUUUAAUCAUAUUUAUUUCGAUUUAUUUAGUGUUGUGUUUGACUGCGAUAUGAAGAAGUUCAUAUCUUGAUGAAAAAUGUCUUGACUACUACUCACUUGUUUGUUGAUUGGGUUUCAACUGCCUUUAUUAACAAAAGUGACCUUUUUUACCAAAGUAGUUGGUGUGUUUGAGAGCUCUAUGUUAUUUUGACGGUCAUUUGCAGUGUAACGCGGAUCAUUCAGUGGUUCUGCUUCAUGUAAAGCGUCUAGAACAUGUUUGUGUGAAAUAGAGAAAAAAAAACAUCUGCAAAAGUAACGUGCCAAAAUAGUCCAUAUAAAACCACUGAAUGUGAAACUGCAUGAAUGACAAAUACAUAUGAUGUGGUGAGCUGAAAACAUGUUGUGAUCUAAAAAGGCUUAUCAUGCUUCUAUUUAGUCAACUGUUUGUUAAAAACUGGAACACAUUUUAUUAUGAAAACUUGGAUCCUGAGUGUUUUAUCAUCGUCUUUAGACUCUGUGUCCAUAAAAACUGAACAGUAAUUAUAUUGAAGGGGAAGCCAAACGUCUGUAAACACAUCUGACGUAAACUGUGAAAUGGUUUGACAUUGAUUUAAUGCGCUCUGUGGUGUGAAUUAACGUUUUUUAGAAAUAAAAAUAAGCCUUGUA